AAAAAACAAGCAGCAGGUGAAAAGCGAUGCUUGUGAGUGAGCGCAGUAAAGUAGAAAGAAGAGAGAAAUACAAGAAAUGUAGGAAGGGCAGAGGGUUAUUGAGUGAAUAGUCUCAGGUGUAUUUGAAUGUUAUGCAACGAUAAGCCAAUUAAUUGAAGUCAGUGUUAUUCUGUGGUCGGGGCCACGUGCUGUAGCCUUCACUGGUGUGAGGGCUGUAGGCUGUCCUGACAUUUUUUGUUCGGUAUAAACAAAAAUCCCAAUUUCAUAAUUAUUAUAAUAAAAUGGCAUGAUUUAGCAGAUUAAUUUCUCGUGUAAUUGAAUUUGCCUAUUUUGCAUCAUAGUGAGCAGAGUGGGAAUUUUCCUAAGAGUGAUAAGUAGAUGCUGUUCUCUGACAAUGGAAUUUAAGUGCAGUACUUAAACAACAUGACUUGAUAUUCUUGAACAUUUUACCUUCCUGUAUAAGAUAAUUUUAUUUAAGAAAGUUUAUUACUUGAAAGUAAAAUGUCAGGACGCAAAACAAAACUAAAACUUCAUGUUCCUUUAGAACCACCUCCACCUGCAACACCACCAAGAAAUCUGGAUAAAAGAACUACUAUAACCAUUGGUGAUAAAAAUUUUGAAGUGGAAGCAGAUGACCUGCAGAAAAUAUGUGAUUUAGGGCGUGGUGCUUAUGGUAUUGUGGAGAAAAUGAGACAUAUUCCUAGUGGAACUGUCAUGGCAGUUAAAAGAAUAGCUGCGACAGUCAAUACGCAAGAACAGAAACGGUUGCUGAUGGACUUGGAUAUAUCUAUGCGUUCAUCAGAUUGUCCGUAUACUGUACAAUUUUAUGGUGCAAUGUUCCGAGAAGGAGAUGUAUGGAUAUGUAUGGAAGUAAUGGAUACCAGCUUGGAUAAAUUUUACACUAAAGUUUACAGACAUAAUAGACAGAUACCAGAAGACAUAUUAGGAAAGAUAGCAUUUGCUGUCGUUAGUGCUCUACAUUACCUGUACUCAAAACUUCGAGUAAUUCAUCGUGAUGUGAAACCAUCAAAUAUACUUAUAAACAGAAAAGGAGAAGUAAAAAUGUGUGAUUUUGGAAUUUCGGGAUAUCUUGUUGAUUCGGUAGCUAAGACUGUUGAUGCCGGUUGUAAACCUUAUAUGGCUCCGGAACGCAUAGAUCCAUCAGGUGAUCCAUCUAAAUAUGAUAUAAGAUCUGAUGUGUGGAGCUUGGGUAUUUCACUAUUGGAACUUGCUACUGGGCGAUAUCCAUACAAAGUCUGGGGGACUCCUUUUGAGCAACUAAAACAAGUUGUUAAAGAUGAUCCACCCAGACUUCCUCCUGGAGAGUUUUCUGAAGAAUUUGAAGACUUUAUUAGUCAGUGUUUGCAGAAAUCGUACACUGCCCGUCCCAACUAUGACCAGUUGCUCAACCACCCUUUCUGCAAGGCACACAAAGACAAGGAUACAAAUGUUGCUGAGUUUGUCAGUGAAAUUUUGGACUUGACUGACUAAAAGUUUUGUUACCGCAUUUGUUUAUAUAUGGUACUGCCUGUAUCAUAAUGAUGCAAGCUUUUAAAAUGGUGGAUGUAAUGAGAAAACUUCAGAAGUUAGAUUUGUGUAUUUUUAACUUUUUGGAAAAUUGUAUUUUAAUUAUUCUUUUGCAAAAUACUAUUUGCAAGAUUCAAAAUUGAGAAAAUAAAAUGUAAUUAAAUUAUGCACUACUAUAUGGAUGCAGUUCUAUAAGCAAUUGUGAGCCAUUGUUUCAUUGUCAUGACCAACAUUUUUUUGAAGUAGUGAAUAAUAAGAAUCUCAGUUGGCAUUACUUACAGUGCAAAUAUUUUAAUGUAAAGGAGUGAUAUAGGUGAGUUGCUCUUCUAUCAUGUAAAUAGAUUUUAACGUAUAUUUGUGUGUAUUUUAGUGAAGACACACAAAGAAAACUCAGCAGUUUGUGAACUUACAUGGCAUAGUGUAUUUAAGUACAAGCUAGCCAACUAAUUUUUUGUUUAUGUAAUCUGGGAUUCCGUUAGGUGGCCUUAAUGCGCGCGUGUGUGUCUGUAGUUGCGAGGAUUGAAAAGUAGCUUCUUGAAAUUCAUUAUUAGUCAGUCAACCAUUAGAUGUGUUCCAUGCUGAAGUAAUAAUAUUAUUAAUAAUCCUAAUAUUAAGGACACUGCCCAAAAUGUGGGUGAAAAUGAAUUUAAUUCCUGAUAACUGUUACAAAGUUAAUUGUAUAUAAAUACCUUACUGAAAGUGAGUAUCAACCUAAUUGUGAUCCUGCCGACAAAAUGGAAAACAUGAAGAUGGUUUUCUUGUCACAAGUAUUGUUGAACUGAAAAGUUUUUCAGAACUUGCGUGACUUGCCUUGUUAAAGUGGCCUUGCUUACUGUAUUAAUCAAUAUUGUUUUUAAUGUGGUUCCCAGAAUAAUGUUGCAGAUCUAUCAGAGUUCAAACUGCAUUCAGAAGCUGUUCUGCAAAACAAUAGAAUUUAAUCUGUAUGAACUUCGAUUGUGAUUCUUAUUUGCAUGUGUUACUGUAAUAUUAAUACGUUCUCUAUUCUGCACAUUACAAGCUACAAAUAAAAUUUCAUUUGAUCCUUGCUAUUGCUUUAUUUUGUGGUUCAGAGUGUUGAGAAUGAAACAAGAUCUUUGUAACAAGUUUUAAAUGUUUUCUUUGUGUUUGAACUACGUUAUACCCAGAGAAUGAUACAUCUUUGCAGAUCAACUGGCUGGGCAUUUGCUUAUUUUCUCUUGCACAUUUUGCAAACUACAUUCUUGUUUUUGAGUAGUAAGUUUUCAAACUUCAUUGUUUUGUUUUAGCACUAAUUACCGAGUUUAGCUAUUUUUAGGGAGCGGAUUUUGAUGACCUAAAACAUUGCCAAAAAUGCUCUUAGAUUAUUUAAAAUUGCCCUUAAAGCAAAGAAAAAUUACUUUAAAAAAUGUGAUCAAAGCCAUUUUAGACAGGCAACUCAAGCUUUUGGAUAUGUUACUGAUGUAAUCGAGACUACUUCCUUUCCUUUAAGUGAACUUGCCUUGCAAGCAAUUGGUUUGGAUUGGACUGUUCUUCGCCAGGAAAUCUGCCUCUUUUUAUUGUGAAUUCCACUAAACCAAGUGAUGCCUCUUGUCAUAGGAACCUUAAUUACAUAGUACAACGGCUGACCUUAAUUAUGAGCAAUGAAAUUGAAUAG